GAUAAAAGUCACCGAGAAGUCCCACGAUCCCCCUUUAGGGUCUUACGUAAAAUUAACAACAACAACAACCGUCUGGUUGCGUCGUAGCUCGUAUAGCGCGACGGCACGUGCGUACCAAAUACGAUGCGUCAACAAUUGCUUCGCGAUCAGCUGGCUACGCGAUUCGGAUAUUCUUGAAAUCGGAAGCGCGUCUGGGAUUUUAUGACGUUGUUCCCUCACAUAACGCGUUUUUUUGCAACUUACACGUAGAUCCUACGCAAUAUGUUACUCUAAUAAUAAGUAAUGACGCAGUUGGAGUGACGUCGCCCCGCGCAUUGUUUAUUACGUGCGCCCACCCUUCGAAGAGCGCGCGCGACAGAUUGCUAUGAAUAAUGCAUCCAUUAAAUAUCACCGGAAGGGGUUCGUACGAAGGGGUUCAUAUAAUCGAUGGUACACCCUACCGAGAAAUCAGUAGCGAUAAAGACAUGGAUAGCGAUAGUUCGACGUUGCCCGUCAAGAAGAGGAACAGUCCUCCGAUGCUCUGGGGCCUCAGCCUCGCUAAGGAAUCUUUCAAGACGAUCAAAGUGAUCUUACUGGGCCAGCCAGGCGUCGGCAAAUCGGCUUUAGCCGUGCGGUUCGCCACGAAACGUUUCAUAGGCGAGUACGAUUGCACCACGGACAGAAUAUACCGCGUGGACAAUCAUCUGGGAUCUUCGUGGGAAAUAGCGGAUCCACCCGGAUAUCCACCCGCCUCCACCGAGCCGAAAUUACGAUGGGCCGACGCGAUAGUUCUCGUUUAUUCGGUAACGGACCGGGUCAGCUUCGACGAGACCUCCCGCCUGAGGUUUUUGGUAUCACACGCGAGAAGAGGCAGAAAGGUGCCACCGGUCGUGUUGCUUGUGGGAAACAAGGCCGAUCUCUCCUGCUCGCCGGGUGAGCGAAUGGUGUCUGCCCUGGAAGGCCAGAAAAGGGCAAAAGAAAUCGAGGCUCAUGCUUUCCACGAGAUUUCCGUAAGGGAAUCGGUUGAUCAGGUCACGGCCAUAUUCAUGAACAUAUUGAGAUUGCUGACCGAAUUGCACAGUUCAGGACAGCAGCAGGCAUUUUUCAGAAUGAGAGCUUGCACAGACGGAAGUAUAAACUCUCUCCGUUGUACGUCACCUCCUCCACUGGAAAGAAGAUUUAGCAUCUCCGCUCGCGGGAAUUUAUUGUAAUCGUUAGAUUAGUCUCGAGAAACUAAAUAAUUUUAUUCCACGAAACAUCGAGCAAGAACACUGUAUAAAAAGAUUAUAUUUUAAAUGUUUUAAUAAAUCUGUAUUUGUAAGAAAAA